AAUACAACUUCCGGUUUAUAGAGGAAGUUUUCAUUCAGGAAAGAAGAUGUGCGCUCGGAGCGCUGUGGAAAUGGCUCUUUUAUCACUGGACUAGUCUUAGUCUUUCCGUUUUAUUUAUGUUUUCUGUUGUUUUUUGUUUUUAUUAUGUUCUUCUGUAUAUAGCAGUCGUUUCGCUCUCAAACUUAAGGAGUAAUUACUCAGUUUCCAUCAGCCACGAUGCCCCAUGAAAAAGGUCCUCUGUCUCGUGUGACUGACGCUGGCACUGUCUCUGUGGACCACAGAAAAGCUCUGACAAUCACAGCGGGGGCAAAGCUUGACAGCUCUCAAAUUGGAAAUCCACUGAAAAUCCACAAGAGGAAAGGACUCUUUGAUGAAUGCGCAGAUGCAGACGUGGCAAAAAGUGCCAGAAAGCACCCCAAGGUGAGGAAGAUCCACUGGACACAGCUGGCAGCCAAUGGAGCGUCACUGCAUCGCCAUAAUGGGAGACAAGCAGAUGAACAUGACCAGAAUGAUUCAGUGAUGCUGGACAUUAAGAGGCGACAGGUGAAAGUGAUCUUGAAGGACGUUCUCCAGACAGAAGAAGGGCAGAGAUACCUCAGUAGCUGUGGGAGUGAUACCAAUGCAAAGACACAGUCACCACUUAAAAGAGGACCCAGGGAGAGGCGGAGUGAGAGAGGACCCUCAACAGAGCACAGCACAGUCAGGAGGAGAGCUAGUGUACCUCGCAAGGACCAAACUAAGUUUUCACCUCUCAAACUCACCACCUGUACAUCCUCUAAAACGACUGACACUGUGUGUGCUGAGGAGAAUGAUAUGCACCUUCCCAAAGAAGUCCAAACUCCAGCAGCCAAAAGAUGCAAAAGAUUCAACAAUUCAGUGAAACAAGCAGAACAUAAUGCAUCUGAUGAGGAAGAGUCCUGUUCACUUAAAGAAAGUGAAUCUUCAAGCAAAGAAAGUCACCCAGAGAGUGAGUUAUGUCCAGUUGAGGAAGAUGACUCUCUGAGGCCUGCGAGUGUCAGUCCUCUUCAUUCUGAAGAAGCUGAUUCAGAGCAAAUCUCUGAAAAUUUUAUCACAGCCACACACACUCCAUCAAAAGUUAAGCAGCCAAGCGGCUUUCGCAGAACGGAAUACCAGGACUCAGAGAGUGAAGCAGUUCCCACUCAGCAAAAUACCAGCAAGGAUGAAGCACAAGAAUGCGCAGAAGUUAUGGGAGAAAAAGAGGGAGAGAUUGAACAGGAGAGAGAGGAGGAGGAUCUGCUAUACCAGAAUGGAGAAGUGCUAGACGAAAGGGGCGGAGCCAGAGGUAGCGUCCUACGCCUGUCCACAGGGGCAACUGAGGGCCAGUUGGCUGAUGGAGAAGUCACACCCAAAUCCAGUCAAAUAGCAGGCUCUUCAGAUAAACACAUCGUUGAUUCAGAGCUUGUGGAAGUCAGACAGGCCUCUAAACCACAAACAACUGAACCAAUUAUUCUUUCCAGUGAGGAGGAGGAGGAGGAGGAGGAGAAUCGUGUGACAUCGCAUGUCCCUACACUAGAGGGAGCCAAAGAUCCACAUAGGCAACAAAAGCCUAUACAGGCCAUGGAGAGAAAAAAGAUUCCAGAUGCACACAUUCAUCCCUCUGAUAUGAACAGCCAGGGUUCCAGCUUUGAGGCCUCUGCUUUAAGUGGUUGUCCGGUGAUGGAGCUUCAGUUCUCUGCCCUCUACAUGGGCAGCCUCAGUAUUUUGACUAAUGGGCUUGUAAAGAUCACAGAUGAUAGGAUCACCAUUUCAUGUAAAGAGCCUUCAGGUUCUGAGGUAAAAGCUUCCUUGGCGACAGCACACGUACGCAAGUACAGCGUGUGGGAUGGGCUUUUGGUGCGGGACAGUCGUUUAGCAAAAGAAAAUGAAGUGCCACCUCCAUCUGUCCUCCUCUUAUGGCUGGCUGAAGUUCAAGCACGACGCCUAUCCAGCGACUUGUGUGUCUUUCAGCCAGGGACACGCCCAGCUGAGGGUAGCACGUGUGUUGUGCUGUGUGUGUCUGAACCCUUGAAUGGAGUACAGGGUGCACUGCUUGCCUCUAUAAUGGACAUUGUAGGUCUCAGACAUGGAAAUACUGAGCUUCUGUCCCCACUCACACACCCCGACAGUCUGAAGCUUCUGCAGAGCAGCCGAGACUCACACAUGUUCCAACUGCUGCUUCCCAGGGCAGAGGCACACCCUGUCUUGUGUGAGUCCGGGACUGCGCCAGCACCAGCGAGCACAACUACAACCUCGGCUAAGGCCCAGGACUCGGAUGCCCAGCCAGACUCCAGAGUUUACACAUUAUGUCAAAGCAGUAGUCAGAGUGCUUACAGUGUGUCCUUAGCGCAUAAUCCUGGAGCAGACUGGACUCCAUACCGGCACUGUGGCCCUGCACGCAGGUUGAUCCAGUUUCCUCCGCCACCGUCUAAAGGAGCCAUAACUGUGACCACUGAGGACCUGGAAUGCUUAGAUAGUGGGGAGUUUCUCAAUGACGUCAUCAUCGACUUCUACCUCAAGUAUCUGUUGGUGCAGAAGGCACCUCAUGCUUCAGUGAGAAGAUCUCACGUUUUUAGCAGCUUCUUUUACAAACAGCUCACACGGCGUGACAAUGCCAAUGAAGACAGCACCAGCACACCAGCCCAGCUCAGGAGGCACCAGCGGGUAAGGACAUGGACACGUCAUGUGGACAUCUUUGAGAAAGACUUCCUAUUUGUGCCUGUCAAUCAAGAAGCUCACUGGUACCUAGUAGUUGUGUGUUUUCCUGGGCUGGAAGAGCCACAGUAUGUGGAGAGAGGAGGCCAUGCCUCAGUGCAUGAUGGGACUGAAAACUCCAGUGAUACCACAGCGCAGAGUGAAUCUCAGCAUGGUGAUGGGGACGUAAAUUCAGAUGAAAACUCUUCAAGGUCUAUUUCUGCUCCUGGUCCACCAACCUGCACAGAAAAAACCUGUAAACGACAGACUGUCUGUAAGAGACCCUGCAUUCUCAUUAUGGACUCUCUGAAGCUGUCUGUUCAUGAGCGUAUCUUCAAGCUCCUGCGCGAGUAUCUACAGGCGGAGUGGGAGGUAAAAAGAGGUGGACAUCGAGACUUCAGUGCAGAGCGGAUGGUGGGCUCCCACUGCAGAGUUCCUCUGCAAGACAACAGUAGUGACUGUGGUCUUUAUUUACUGCAGUAUGCAGAAAGCUUUUUACAGGAUCCUGUAGUGCACUUUGACCUUCCACUGAAGCUAGAGUGUUGGUUUCCACGACAGAAAGUGCGUGAGAAGCGAGAGGAGAUUCGAGAUCUUGUGUUGCACCUGUACCGAUUUCAGCAAGGCUCUCUGGGAAAUGACAGCUCAGAUGAUGGAAAAGAAAUAGGAAAUAUAGUUUAGUAGCGUGGAGCAUUAAGGAGAAUACACUUAUUUUUCCUUACUUUUAUUUAUCACAUUUUAUUUCAUUGUUCUUAGGUCUUCUAUGUGUUUUUAUGCUUUUGUACACCUUAAUGCAAAAACUGUAAUAAAUUUUUCAUCAUGAUGUGAAA